CUGGCGCUGCUGCACCAUCCUUACCAAUAGCAUGGAAACACAAAGCUGCCGUUCCUUCAUCUAGACGCCGAGUGUCACCUCAUUGAGUCAAGACGGGGGACACAAUGAGUGAGGAACCACCGGUCACCCCCAGCUGGCUGAACCCUGACCCCACAGCCUGGGCCAGCGGAGGCGGGGGACCAACGGACAACGGCACCGGCCUGGGGACAUUCCCACCUGACCCUCUGAUGCCCAGCCAGCUGCCCCUGCUCGUUAACCCCUGGGACAUUGUACUGUGCACAUCGGGGACUCUGAUCGCCUGCGAGAACGCCUUGGUGGUGCUGGUGAUCUGGCAGAACCCGGCGCUCAGAGCUCCCAUGUUCCUGCUGAUUGGCAGCCUGGCUCUGGCCGACCUGCUGGCCGGCCUGGGUCUGGUGCUGCACUUCACCUGUGCCUACCUGGUCCGCUCAGAUUCCGCCCAGCUGCUGACCGUGGGCCUGGUGGUGGCCUCCUUCUCGGCCUCUGUCUUCAGCCUGCUGGCCAUCACAAUCGACCGCUACCUGUCUCUGUACUACGCCCUCACCUACAACUCGGAGCGGACGGCGGCCUUCACCUACACCAUGCUGGUGCUGUUGUGGGGCCUGUCGCUGUGUCUGGGCCUGCUGCCGGUAACAGGGGUCAACUGCCUGGCGGAGGAGGUGACGUGCAGCGUGGUGCGGCCGCUCACGAAGAACAACAUCGCUGUGCUGUCUGUCUCCUUCCUACUGCUCUUCGGCCUCAUGCUGCAGCUCUACGUCCAGAUCUGCAAAAUUGUGAUGCGCCAUGCUCACCAGAUCGCCCUUCAGCAUCACUUCCUGGCUGCCACGCCCCACUACGUCACAACAAGGAAGGGCGUGUCCACUUUAGCGAUCAUCCUGGGUACCUUUGCUGCCUGCUGGAUGCCGUUCACUGUCUACUCCCUCAUUGCUGACUACACCUACCCGCCGCUUUACACCUAUGCCACCCUGGUGCCUGCCACGUAUAACUCUGUCAUCAACCCCGUCAUCUACGCCUUCAGGAACCAGGAGAUCCAGAAGGCGCUAUGGCUGGUUUGCUGUGGCUGUGUGCCGGCCAGUGUGGCCCACCGUGCAAGGACCCCGAGUGACGUGUGAGCGAGUAGACACGGGUGGGAAGCGAAAGGCACCCCUGGGUCAGCUCUGCUCCACGCUGGAUGUGUUCCGGUGUCAAAGCGAGCAGCAGCCAGGAAGGUCAGGGGCAUUCAGUUCUGACUGGAGAUGUUUCUGGAAGAGGCAGAUUGGUUAGACAUCCACAGCCCACCUUGAUGGAUGGCAUUAUUUUCCUUUGUUCAAUCACCACAGGGCACAGCAUCUCACUGUCUUCCCCAGCAAAGACGACCUGAGCGCGAGCAGCAUCCCGCCCCUCCUCCUGUUCAACUCGCGCCACGCCCUUCCUCUGUUCUGCAGAGAGCGCUGAGUGCGUCACGUGUUACAGGCAGCAGCUGUAUAUAGAAUGUGCAUUUGGUUAACAGCACGGGAGCUUUGGUUGACACGUGCCAGUUCCCCCCCCCCCCCUCAAACAGAGAGGGGAUUAUUAGUUUGCUCCUCUGUGAGUGCGUGCGUGCGUGCGUGCGUGCGUGCGUAAAAGCGCGCGGCAGAUUAACCAAGCAGUGUGUGCGGAGGAGAGAAGAGUGCGGCCGCGUCUGUAUUCGCAGGCUUUUCCACAUAAAGUCCGUCUGGAGCAUCAUCCAUCCCGGCGCUCUGCUGCUGCACUCUGAACGUGCGUCGAAAGCUAAACAGCCGCGGAGAGCUAAAAAUAGAAACAACGUUCUCCGAUCCGCGCCCUACGUCCUCUCUACAGCCGAGAGAGAAAUCAAGACGUUUCUUCUUCUUCUUCUUCUUCUUCUUCUUCUUCUUCUUCUUCUUCUUCCCCUUCUCCCCCUUUGCCUUUUGAAAUUCCCCUGCCUCCUUUUUGUUUAUGGAUUGUGCCGUGCGCGAAUGUGUUUCAGUUGCGCACACGUCUUGGAGGCUUAAGAUAAAGCCCCCCCCCCCCCCCCCCCCAGGAGAUGGAGACCCCAACAUUAACCCCCUCCUUCAUUUUAUUAUGAUUAACAGAGCCACCAAACCGAAUAUAAAGCCUAUCGGAUUAUGUAACCAAAUUGUGUCGCUCCUCUUAUUGUUUUUGACUUUUUGAAUGUCUGGAGAUUCUUUUUUUUCUGUUUUUUUUCUAACUCAUAGGUGAGUUGAGGAAGCCCCUCAAAUUUGAAUGAGUGUAUCUUAUUUUUAAAGACUGAUACGAAAUUAAAGUGUUUGAGGAGAUUAAAAAAAAAAAAAAAAAAACACACACACACAUCACUUCAAACUUAACACAUUUAUCAAAGUGAUGUUUGUAUGUAAAUCUGCUAAAUGUAAUGGUUUCUAAGGAGCCUCACACCAGCCACAUAAUAUCUGAUGUGCAUGCUAGACUUCGGUGUAAUUUGCAUGCAACAAGCACAGAUCUUCCUUUUCCCUCCUGAGUUCAGUUUAAGAGGUCACACGUGAUGGUUCGCUGACUUCAUCACAACCCUAAAAGCUUAAUUUGUGUACAGUGUACUCCAGUAAAACCUCAUAAUAUCAUAAUUAACGAGCUACAAUCAACACUAGAUGUCCAUGAGAGUUGCACUCUUUUUAAAGAAAUGUGGAAUAUUGGAACUUGAAUGAUGUUUGUUCCGUGUAUGUUCAAGCUGCUCUUCUGGCUGCUUCAUUUUGAUCACGAUUGAAGUGUAUGUGAGUUAAACACCCUUUAGCUGCUCUGAGUAAUGUUAUCCGUAAUGUUUUUUUCGGGGCUCAUAAUAAGCUCUCAAACCCAACAAACUUCCACCAGAAUGGGUCCUUUGUUCCUUCAGUUCAUGUCAGCAAUAACUCAUCUGUGAAUGGAAUUGUGUAGAUGUGCCGCAAUACUCAGACAGCAAUAACAUCCACGUCCCACCACAACUUCCUACUGCAGAGAAAAGAACAAUAAUGGCUGCACGACGUGUCGUGAUGAACGGGCUACACAUGAUGCAUCAGUAAUACAUCUUAAAUAGGCUGCAGGAGAAUGACGCCUGUGCUGGAGGACUCAUUUUGUCACAGUGAAGCUUCUUCCCUCUGUUUUUGCCUCUGCCCUUUUUUGUUUGUGAGUCUGUGACUUGUCCUGUAACGGCAAGUGUCACUGUGGGAUUUGAGAUUUGCGUUUCUGUUCAAGGGUUUGAGUUCAAUGACCUCGUGUGUGUGUGUGUGUGUGUGUGUGUGUGUACUUGUGCUUGUGUGUGUGUGUGUGAGAAAGAGAGAUUGUUCAUUCGUGAUCGAGCAGCUCAGCAGACCAAUAAUCUGUCUCUUUGUGUUCUGGGGCAUAAAAACACGCCUGUGAGAAAUAUAAAAUCCUGUCUGCCACUUGACCUUCGAGGAUAAAGCUGCCAGUCUUCCUGUCAACUCUGUGAGAAGUUGCCUCGUUACACGUUUUGUCGAGCUUUUUUGGAGAGAGAUGGGACUAGGACACUGGGGAAGCUCCAGCACUUCAAGCCAAAGUGAAAAGGACUGAAUGAACUGGAAUCCUUGUUCUGCCAUGUGUUUUUCUGUCUCCUCUAUAUAUCACUUUUAUUCUAUAAUCCAAUCUAGUCCUCUGGUGGAGGAAGGUGUCCGCUAAGUGACCUCUAAAUGAUUAUAUGAGCUAAAAAAGGGCCACAACCCAAAUGUGAAGAGAAUGCUCCUUCUGUCCUUGUUUCCUCUGUUGGCCUGAUUGAGGCAUUCGAUGGGCCUCAAAUAAGGUUAGAAC